AUGAAGGGUUUAAAAACUCUUUCGGCGUACGCGCUCACGCUCUUACUUCUCUCCACGUUUGUGUCCCAUUCCUGGAGCGCGCCCAAGGGAAGCUUUCAGCGUAGGAAUUGGACGCCCCAAGCGAUGUUAUAUUUAAAGGGCACACAGGGACGGCGCUUUGUGGCUGAGGACAGAAAUGAAGGGGACUUGUAUGACACAAUUCGCUUGGAAUCACGCAGCCAGAACACAGAAAAUCUGAGCAUCUCUAAAGCAGCUGCAUUUCUCUUAAAUGUUCUCCAACAAGCCAGAGAUGAUAGUGAACCUUACUGAAACCAUCUUAAGGACUCCAUCAUGUGGAAAUUUCCAUUUUUGUGAGCCACGUGGAGUUAUACAUCUUAAGAAGUUCAUCUGUGUUUACUCUUCUGAUGUUUUGUGCACAUU